ACUUAAGAAUGCAACACUUAAGACUGCAGGGAUCCUUGAGAAUGCAAGGACACGUGAAGGUGAGACUGGCAUUUUCCUUAUUUGCCACGGGCUCGCCUGGCCUUUUUGUGCGACGACCCCCAUCCCACUUCGCUGCACCUAGACAGCAUCAUGGACGCCAAACGAGAAACCACCGGCCUCACGCACGAUGUCUCCGACCUGAACUAUGCAUUGGAGGGAGAUCAGAAGCCGGUGCGCUCGCUGCUGCGUCGCAUCGAUUGGCGCAUACUGCCCAUCAUGUUCCUGACCUAUUUCCUGCAAUUCCUCGACAAAGUGUGCUUGAACUAUGCAAAUGUCAUGGGCCUCCAAACAGACCUGGGGAUGUCGGGGAAUGACUUCUCGUGGCUCGCGACGGCCUUCUUCAUCGCCUACGCUGUGGCAGAGGUUCCACAAGGGUAUCUCCUCCAGAAAUUCCCCAUCACACGAGUCCUCGGCUGCAAUGUCUUCCUUUGGGGCGUUCUUCUCUGCUGCUCCGCCGCUGCACAGAACUACGGAGGGUUGAUGGCUCUACGAGUCCUCCUCGGCAUAACAGAAGCAGUCGUCGCCCCCGCGCUUACAAUGUACACAAGCCUCUGGUACACCCGACGCGAAUCUACCCCCCGCUUCGGCCUCUGGUACUGCGGCGUCGGCGUCGGCCAGAUAAUCGGCGGACUGGUCUCCUUUGGCGCACAGCACGCACCAGCAUCGCUCUCCCUCACCGGCUGGAGGGUAAUGUUCCUUGUCAUCGGACUGGUUAAUAUCCUCGCCGCGGCGCUCAUCCUCGUCUUCCUCCCUCUCUCCCUCGAAACGGCCCGCUUCCUCUCCGCAGACGAGAAAACAACCAUAUCCGCCCGUCUCAAGGCAGACUCUGCCAACGUUGCGCCGAAACAAUUCCACGUCGCUUCGCUCUGGGUCGUCCUGACUGAUAUCCAAACGUGGCUGCUGCUCCUGAUCACGAUCCUUUCGACCCUGCCCUCGGGUCUGAUCGUCGCUUUCUCGUCGAUGGUUAUCAAGAACUACGGGUAUACCGCGAAGCAGAGCGCGCUGCUGAAUAUGCCUUCGGGGACUGUGAGCAUUGUCUGCAUCAUCUUGUCGACCUAUGCCAUUGCAAAGGGGUAUCCGCGGUGGCUGACGCUGAACAUCCUCUUUGUCGCGACGCUGUUGGGGGCCUGUCUUAUGAGCUUUAUGCCCCAGAGCAAUAAGGCUGGGUGUUUGGUGGGGAUCUAUUUGGUUAAUGCGACAGUCGCACCCCUCGGUAUAAUCCUGGCCUGGAUCGCAGGGAAUUUCAAGGGCUACACUGGCAAAGUCUCCGGGGCGGCGCUCAUCUCUGCUGGAUUCAGUGUUGCGAAUAUCAUCGGGCCGCAGACGUUUCAGGCCAGAGAUGCUCCUGAUUACAUACCCGCAAAAGUAACCAUUGUAGCCAUUAACGCGGCUGCGAUUGUUGCUGCGAUUACGCUGCGGGUUGUAUAUGGUAUGAGGAACAGCAAGGCUGAGGAUCUGGGUCUUCCGGCUAGGAGUUCCAUGGAGAAGAGACUUACGAAGGACGAGGGAGAGGACCUGUACCCGGGAUUCAGAUAUGUGUAUUAGCCGUGGCGUAACUGAGAUGUGCGCAGUUUAGGGGCCGUUCCAUAUCCUUUGAAGAUGGUCCUUCUGCAGCAAUGAAAAUGGAGAACUUGGACACUGUUUCAGUGGUUCCUGCUCCCUCACGGCAUACAUCGA